AUGCUUCUUCGCGCUUUCUGUUUCCUCUCCCUCCUCUCAACGGCCACAAUUGUCUCCUCGCGGCCUCAAAGUACAGAUGGGUUGUCUAAAGUGGACGCUGCCGAUACCAUCGAGUACCAUCAUGUUGAUGUAAACGCGACCUUGUCCGGCCGACCUGGACAUAGACCUAAGCCAUGCAAGCGAUUAUCCGUCCGUAGAGAAUGGCGCGACUUGAGCAGGCAGAACAGGCUCGGCUAUCUCAGGGCCGUCAAGUGCCUCUUCACCACCGGGGCCUUCAACCAUACUUUACCAGCCAAGUUCAAUCGAUAUGACGAGUUCGUCAUCAGUCAUGUCAGGGGUCAAUUCUUGCCCUGGCAUCGCCAUUUCAGCUAUCUCUAUGAACGAGCUCUCCGGGACGAAUGUGGAUAUCGGGGACCUUUUCCGUACUGGGACUGGACUCGCGACGUCGCGGAUCCCAACAAACCCAUCUCGGAUUCCCCGCUGUUUGAUCCCGUCUUUGGCUUUGGUGGGGACGGAGUCCCCGGAACAUACACUCCACCGAGCGACGACGAUGGUGCUGCCAUCCCCAUCAUAAUCGACGCGUUCAAAGGUUGCGUCGGGACUGGACCAUUCGCUGAUAUCACUCUCCAUGUCGGGCCAAACGUUCGAUUCAGCGACCAUUGCUUGAACCGAAACUUCAUUGAACAGGACAGGCGACCUCACUUCACCCCAGAGUCAGUUGCGGCUAUUCUGGGACAGGCCACCUAUGAUAACUUUUGGAACUCUCUCGAUGGCCUUCCUUUCAAAACGGAAUUUAGGCUUCACGACGCCGGCCAUGGGUAUGUCGGAGGUGACAUGUCGAGCUUCUACAGUAGCCCGAACGAUCCUCUCUUCUAUCCCCACCAUACCGGCCUGGAUCGUCUCUGGUGGAAAUGGCAGAGAGCUGAUCUGCCCAGCAGGCUCUAUCAGAUGGGCGGUCACACCUCCGCAUUCCCUCCCCAUGGUGAGGCUACUUUGGAUCAUGAACUCCUUUUCGCCGACUUCGCCCCAUCGCUCACUGUCCGUGAUGCAAUGGAUCCAAGAAUGGAGCCUUAUUGUUAUACCUACGCAGACUGA